AAGAAGAAGAAAAAGAACAUAAAAGAGGCGCGGGCCGGAGGCAUUGAUUUGUGGCACGGCUGACAAUUCAUCAUUGCUAGGGUUUCUGUCAAGAGAGAGAGAUGGUUAAGGUGGUGGUGAGGAAGAAGAAAGAGAAGAGAGGACACCCGCCUCUUUCUGAUUUAGGAGAUCCCCCUCUCGAGGAAAAACAACAACGAAAGCGAACGCGCCGUGCCUCGGUUCUUGCUCCUCUUAGGCGAUCCAGGCGCCUGAACCCUAAUCUCGACGCCGACAAGAUCCGCCGCGGCAAGCCCGAGAAGCGAGCGAGAAUUCAUCCAAAAAAAGAAGAGAAACAAGUGCGCAGCUAUGAUUUCUAUGCUGAUAUGGGUAAUUGGCAUGACAUAACCGACGAAGAAUUAGCCCGCUACCUCGAACUCGUUUCGAAGAAUGAUGGCUUUGAUGUUCCCCUCAUGCGUGGCGUCAUCUGUUUUGGUUUAAUUCAACCACGCAAUGUCAACACUCUGGUUGAAGCCCGCAAGUUCAUACAAUAUUCGAAUUUGGCAAUUGAGGAAUACAACACCUGGAUCCGCACCCACAAGCCUGAAAGUCCUCAGGUGAAGUUUCGGAAGGUUGUGAAAGCUAUGUCUCAGUCUUGCGAUGUGGUGAGGUAUUAUAUUACAUUUGUGGCCAAGGAGGUUGCUGCUGGAGGCCAGACUAAGACCUAUCAAGCUGUGGUGCGUUGCAGGAUACCGGUAGAUGUUAAUAUCACCGUGCUGUCUUUCAGGGAGUGUGAGCAAGUGGAAGGUUCAGGCAUCAUUCGUGGGAAAGAAUGGAUUUGGGAAGGUCACACUGGCCUCUGGGAGGAUGGCUGUUUAUAUGCAGGCGACCGUGAGAGGAUUUUUCAGCAGUGACAUGCAUAUGGAGAGUUUAAGGAGAUUGUUGGAAAUAUGUAAUACCUAAGCUACUCUCAUCAGAAAAGGGGAAAUCUGAGCCUAAACAGAAGAAAAUUUGUACUAAUCUUUACUUUGUCGUUAUUGAUGCUUAUUUUGUGAACUUAUUAGUAAGUCCUUUUAAAUCAGUUGCUGAUCUAUAUACGGUACCUUUCGCUUAUAAAAUAUGCAAUGACUUUUUCCCUGUGUGAAAUGUGACUUGUGUGUGUGUGUGUGUGU